AUGGUCGGAAUUCCAUCAGCUUGGACUUCACCCCUUGACGUAGAUCCAAAUCAAGAGCAGCAACAGAACACGCACUUGCAAGGAUGGGCACUUGCUUCUCUGACCAUCGCCUUCAUGGCUAUUUGCUUUGUGCUGGCACUCGACAAUACCAUUCUGGCGACUGCAAUACCACAAAUCACCAGUGACUUUGAAAGUCUCAACGACAUUGGCUGGUACGGUUCAUCUUAUCUGAUCGCGCAGAUGGCAAUGCUGCCAACUUGCGGUCGCCUCUAUGCCUUUUACAAUAUCAAAUGGGUGUACUGUGUAUCGCUCAUCAUCUUCGAGGUCGGCUCCGUCAUAUCGGCCGUCGGACCGAACUCAAUGGCUCUCAUUAUCGGAAGAGCCGUUUCUGGUGUAGGAGCUGCCGGUUUGGUGAGCGGAACUACAACAAUUCUGUCCUACUGCGUCCCGUUAAAAAAGCAGGCAAAAUUAUCACCGGUAAUUCUAGGACUGUAUAGCACAGGAUCAGCCAUAGGGCCGCUGGUAGGUGGUUCCAUCACAGACAGCAAAACGCUUUCUUGGCGCUUCAUCUUCUGGUUCAAACUUCCCUUUGGUGCCAUCGGGCUGGCCCUCAUCUGGCUCAGCUUAAGGAAUCCUCCCCCCGCCGUCAAGGGUGAUCUUCCGUUGAAGGACAAGAUACGCCAACUCGAUAUGCUAGGCGCUACGCUACUGCUCGGUGCAACAUCGUGUUUGAAUCUCGCUUUGCAGUGGGGUGGGAUUGUGCAUCCGUGGUCCAAUCCCAAGGUAUUCGGAUGCCUAGUCGGAUUUGGUCUGCUGCUUAUCUGCUUCAUCGGUUUACAAGCCCGAGGCAAAGAAACUGCUACUGUUCCCCUCCGUAUCUUACGAGUCGUUGCAUCGUGCUGUUUCAUGAUGCUUGUUCAAGUGGCCAUAGUACUGCACUCAUACCACUGGCCCAUUUACUUCCAAUCGGUCAGGAACAAUAGCGCCAGAGACUCGGGCAUAUUCCUACUACCAAUAAUCGUGUCCAAUAGUCUCGGCACACUCUGCGCGGGCUGGAUCUCGUCAAAGUCUGGGCAUUAUGUCCCUUUGAUGUGGAUCGGUGCUCCUAUUCUCGCUGUAGGAGGCGGUCUCUAUCAACUAGUACACUCUCAAAGCCCGCGCGGUCAGUGGGUCCCGAUCCAAAUUGCGUCCGGGCUUGGGUACGGAAUGUGUAGCCAGAUGCCGAUACGUGCUGUCCAGGUAGUUCUCGACAAGACGGACGUGCCUACGGGCCUCGUGAUUAUCAUGUUCUACCAGAUGCUCGGAGGUGCUUUAGCUCCCAGUAUCGGACAGAACCUCUUCACGGAUACACUCCUGCGAAUGCUAAACGCGAUCGACGGAAUCGAUGGUGCAGCUGUUGUGGCAGUUGGUGCAGGGGAGUUCAGGAGAAUUGUCCCUCCACAGCUCUUAGAAGCUGUCAUCGAUGCGUUUAACUCUGCCUUGAAGAAGGUCUUCUGGGUUGCCCUUGCUACCCCGGCCCUUGCUUGGCUAGUCAGCUGGGCCAUGGAGUGGCGGCAGAUACCUAACACCAAGGAGCGUACUACGGAGGACCCCGAAGUAGUCUCUCUGAGAAAUCUUUAG